CUUCAACCCUUCUCUUUUUCUUCUUAUACUUCACUCUCUUCUCUCUUCAAUCUACUCUCUGUGUGUCACUCGUUUCUUUUUCUCUUCUUCUUUCUGUCUUUGUUGCUCUUCUUCAUGGCUCCAGCAGCUUUGGAGGCUCAAUCUCAACAAAAGGAAGAGACUGUGGCUCAUAACAGCGUCUUGAGCAGUAGCAGUGUCAAUGACACUACACACAGAUCGAAGGUUUCUGUUAUUGGUAGUGGCAACUGGGGCAGUGUUGCUUCUAAGCUCAUUGCCUCCAACACCUUCAGGCUGAACUCAUUCCAUGAUGAAGUAAGGAUGUGGGUGUAUGAGGAGACAUUACAAAGUGGUGAGAAACUCACUGAUGCCAUCAACCGAACCAAUGAAAAUGUCAAAUAUCUCCCUGGAAUCAAGCUUGGCAAUAAUGUUGUUGCAGAUCCAGAUCUUGAAAAUACUGUAAGGGAUGCGAACAUGUUAGUCUUUGUGACUCCACAUCAAUUUAUGGAAGGAAUAUGCAAAAGGCUUGUUGGGAAAAUAAGAGCAGAUGCUGAGGCUAUUUCCCUUGUCAAAGGGAUGGAGGUGAAGAUGGAAGGCCCAUGUAUGAUCUCUAGUCUCAUCUCUCAGAUACUCGGAAUCAGUUGUUCUGUUUUAAUGGGGGCCAACAUAGCAAAUGAGAUAGCUGUAGAGAAGUUUAGUGAAGCAACUGUUGGAUACCGGCAGAACAGAGACGUCGCCGAGAGAUGGGUUCAGUUGUUUUAUACUCCAUAUUUCAUUGUCACAGCUGUCCAGGAUGUUGAAGGAGUUGAACUGUGUGGAACACUGAAAAAUGUUGUGGCCUUAGCAGCAGGUUUUGUUGAUGGCCUGGAGAUGGGAAACAAUACGAAAGCUGCAAUCAUGCGACUUGGUCUUAGAGAGAUGAAGGCAUUUUCGAAGUUGUUGUUUCCAUCUGUUAAGGACAGCACAUUUUUCGAGAGCUGUGGUGUGGCGGACCUUAUCACAACUUGCUUGGGUGGUCGAAACAGGAAAGUUGCUGAGGCUUAUGCAAAGAAUGGGGGAAGGAGGUCUUUCGAUGAGCUCGAGGCAGAGAUGCUGCAAGGCCAGAAAUUGCAGGGUGUUUCAACUGCAAGAGAGGUUUAUGAGGUUCUCAGCCACCGCGGAUGGCUAGAAUUGUUUCCUCUCUUCGCAACCGUUCAUGAGAUAAGCAGUGGCUUACUUCCACCAUCAGCCAUAGUUGAGUACAGUGAGAAGCAAGUCAGGUCCUUUUGAUUCAAGGUGCUCCAACAGAGUGUUUGUUACAUUGUCUAAGUAAUAUAGAUUACCGUUACAGCAGGUUACAGUUACAGUCCCAAGAAUAUACAAACGCCAUGCUUUCAUCAUACAUGAACCGUGGAAAGCAUUGGAGAGUUGGUUGCUUCAUCAUCGUUCUCGCGCCAACAACAAGGUUGUCCAUGCCUGGAGGUCAGGACAUUUAUGGAAUAUUGAAAGCCAUGGAAGUUAACAUCUAGAAAAAAUUCUUUUUAAGCUAUGUUCUUCCACUGCAAGUAAUUCAUUCACAAAAGAGACUAGAUUAAAAUAAAAAAGUAAAUUGAAAAUUUAUCUGUUGACUGGGUUUUCCCAAUUUUCGAGAGCUAUUAGCUGAUUUAUUUGUUUAAAAUCAAGAUUGAUGAUUACUGCAAAUCUUAUAUCUGUUGUUCUACAUUACUUGUUGGAGCACUAACUCAAAAGAAAAGCUAUUACACUAU